GGUGUCCGCUGUCACUAGUUUUCUUUCUGUACACACAACUUUACUUGGAAAUUCUAGACGGAGAGAUCUGAAACGAAAAUGGGGAGGAUGGAGUAUCUGGCUAUGAAAACUGAUCCCGACCCAACCCAAUUGAUCAAUUCCGACCUCAAUGACCUCAAAAUCGCUGCCAAGAAUCUCAUCAAUCACGCCUCCAAGCUCGGAAGCCUGGGCUUUGGGACUUCUUUUCUCAAAUGGGUUGCUUCUUUUUCUGCCAUUUAUUUGUUGAUACUGGAUCGGACAAACUGGAGAACCAACAUGCUGACUUCGCUUUUGGUUCCUUACAUUUUCUUUAGUCUUCCUCCUGUAUUGUUCAACUUAUUGAGAGGAGAGGUUGGAAAAUGGAUUGCUUUCAUGACAAUUGUACUAAGGCUUUUCUUCCCUAGACAUUUCCCAGACUGGCUGGAGAUGCCCGGGUCCUUAAUUCUUCUUCUGGUUGUGGCUCCCAACUUCUUUGCGCACUCGCUGAGGGGCGGUUUGAUCGGCACUGUAAUUUGUCUUCUCAUUGGCUGUUACCUGCUGCAAGAGCACAUCCGGGCAUCAGGUGGCUUCAGGAAUUCCUUCACAAGGAGCCAUGGAAUAUCCAACACUAUUGGAAUUAUCCUUUUGUUAGUCUACCCCGUCUGGGCUCUGGUAGUCCACUUCCUUUAGGCAUUUGUCCCUGUUAAACCUGUUGUUGAGGCCACACUGGUUUGGAACUGCUUCCUAUGUCUUGUUUAUGAAUUGAUAUAAGAAUUCUGUACAAAUGUCAAGUAUAUAACUUUUGAGUUGUGACGGGCUUGCCAAAA